AUGUCGGCACAGGAUACGACGCCAGGGCAGACAACCUCGAUUUUCUCCUUUGCUUCGUUAAUGACUUCGAAUUCCCUGAGACUUUGGUUUGGGAUGGCCGUCUUCUCAGAGGUGGGGCCGUCGAGAAGGAUGGAGGCGUCGCAGCCUCGGACAAAGCAAUCGUGGAAGAACAUUCUAAGGAUGGGUGCCAUGAUUGUCUUGUCUUUAGUGAAAUGUUCGGCUAAGACUGACGUCACUAUGGACUCAGCGUUGAGGCACGUUUUAAAGUAG